AUGGAAUUCACGGGAGAUGAAUAUCCAUUAACAUUAAGGCAAGAUUCAAUCUUGACAAUCCCUAUUUUGCCCGCAGAACUCGUUACUGAAAUCCUCUCAAAGGUUCGUGUGAAACCCCUCUUGCGAUUCACGUGUGUUUCAAAAUCUUGGCUUGCUUUAAUUUCUGGUCAAGAAUUUAUAAAGUCCCAUCUUAACUUAUCAGCUAAUAACAAGGACAACACUCAUCAUAGGCUCAUAUUGAAUUUUGGUCGAUAUCUUAAGCAAUGGUCUCUUAAGUCUUUACUUUAUGAGUCUGUUACUGAGGCAUCUACGUUGUAUUAUCCCAUGAAAAUCCCCAAAAGAUCGUUUAGGAUUGUGGGUUCUGUCAAUGGAUUGAUUUGUCUUGCCGAUUCGUCAAAAGAUUUGGUUCUAUGGAAUCCAUCAAUUAGAAAGUAUAAGAAAUUGCCUAAUUUUAAAACUAAUUUCUGGGAUGUUAGUUGGUUCGUAUACGGUUUUGGAUAUGAUGAAUUCCGUGAUGAUUAUAAGGUAGUGGGCUGUUUUUACUAUGAUUAUAGUUCGUUUGAUGUUGAGGUCGGAAUAUAUAGUCUAAAGAGUGAUUCUUGGAAAAGUAUCUGUUCUCUUCCGGAUGGGAUGGGAUUCUUAAUUGAAUUGGGUAAGUUUGUUAAUGGGAAGCUUCAUUGGGUUAAUAAUAUUAAUGAUUACUCGUAUGAGGGAUGCAAUAUAAUUUCUAUUGAUUUGGUUGAUGAGAAAUGGGAAACGGUGGAGCAACCAUCCUAUGAAGAAGGAGAUAUUGAUUUGCAGCUUGGAUUGUUUGGUAGUGAUCUUUCUAUAUAUAUUAAUAAUGAGGGAAAACAUGUAUCUGUUUGGGUUAUGAAGGAAUAUGGGGUUAGAGAAUCUUGGACAAAGAUGUUUACUAUCAAAUAUGCUGAUUACUCAUAUUCGUAUGCUCAACCCUUUUUCAUGUCAAAUAAAGGUGAAGUUGUGGUUGCUUUUGACGAAACUUUCAUGAUAUACAAUCCAAACGAUGACUCGCUCACUCCCACGGGUAUUCACUCUGAUGGCUGGCAGUACACAGAAAUCUACGUUAAAAGCCUAGUUUCUCCUUUUCCUACGGAUGAACUAAUGAUCCAAGAAAGCGAUUAA